AUGUACAAACAUUUACUGGAUACUUUUUAUCGCAACGAUAAUUCAGUAAAGUUAUUGGGACACAUCGGAAUAUCUUUGAACACCAUAGCCGAGGCGAUCAUAAACACCAUAAUGAUGUGUUCUGCAACUUUUUUAGCUGAAAUGGUUCUAAAUGAGUAUGAUGAAGUGAAAGAAAUGCUGGGUGACCUUUUGAUAAUGAACAAAGAUGAAGAUAUACGAAAAAUGAUCUACGAGUGUCUGGAAUAUAUAGAGACCAGACCGCCUAGAUAUUCCAUCUGGAGGAUAUUUUCACUUGACAUUCAAUUGUUUAUAGGAUUUAUACAACUCUGCAGCACUUAUGUUAUCAUUGUAUUACAAUUUCAGUAU